AUGGUUGGCGUUCCACAUUCAAACGGCUGUGCCCUUUGUCGCGAGCGACGUAUCAAGUGUGAUGAGGGUGUUCCGGGGUGCAGCAAUUGCCAUCGUUAUGGUAAACCCUGCCCCGGUUAUCGGCGCACAUUUCGAUUUCAAGAUGAGGGACCGAAUCUUGCCCGGAAACAUCAGUCGGGCUCGCGACGAAGAGGAAGGCCGCGAAAACUGCAAACUGAGGAGAAUCACCAGGCAACCGCUGACAUAGUGCGUGGCAAUGCGGUCGCACUAAUGCGACAGUCAGCCGGUGGCUUUGACGAAGCACUUUCUUCCUCUCUAGUUCGGCAACAGUUCCGCGGCGCUCAGCCUCAACUGUUUUUGAGCUUUAUUUCACAUUCCUUUCCCACGCUCUACUAUCACAACAGAUUCAGAUCUGGGGAUGGCCUCGGUUUUGCAGAGCAUUUGGUCCUUAACUAUGGCACCGACGCAUACCUUGACAGCUCGGUUUGCUGUUUGAGUUCGAUUUACCUCUCACGGUUGACCAAUGACCAGACGCUUCUCAAGGCAAGUCGACAGCUGUACUCCAAUUCACUCAGAGCGGUCAUCAAAGCACUCUCCAAGCCGGAACACGUGAUGUCCGAUAAUAUGCUUUGCACCACCAUCAUUCUAAGCGUUUUUGAGAUGUACGCUCAAACCACACCAGACGCGUGGGUUGUACACAGCGAUGCUGUAAGGCGGCUCAUGAUCAAGAGAACCGCGGCCGCUUUCGAGUCUGGCUUCGGACGCUUCUGCUUCAUCGCCUUCAGAGGUUUUCUUAUUCUCCUCGCUCUGUAUGAAGGAAAACCAUGCUUCCUAGAUGAAAAGGAAUGGCAAAACUAUACUAUCAAGAUGAUGACCGAGGAUCGGACCAAGCCUGGGGAAUGGAGCGCAUAUACAGACCUUGUCGAUCUGGUGCAUAUGGAGACUGCCAAGUGCCCCCGAUAUAUCAGCGAGACUCGAAAUCUUCUCGCAGGAACCGAUCUAGACCAUACCAAAGUGCACGGUUUAAUCGACCGUAUACAGGAUACCUCUCAGCGACUUGAAUCUCUAAUAUCCGACCUCAGAUCCUGUAUCAGCGCACACAAUGAGCGUCAACAAGGAAUCAUCCAAGGUCCUAACAAACCCUUCAUCGGACCAGUUCCAGAGGUGUUUCCCGACACUGGACCUUCACUCCUUCUCACAGGAGCAGAGAACAUGUUACAAACAAUUCAAAGACUGGCCAACCGACUCGAGGAUAGACUUCGUGUCCGUGUGAUUGAAGACGCCCUCUCCCCAGAAUCCAUUAAUUCCCCACCCAGUGAGAGCAGCACAUACUCCACUUCCCCUUCUACUGCCAGCUCCAAGAGCUUCUCUCUUCCUUUCCGUGUUCAGUCGGAGCUCGGAAACGGCCCUAAGGCCGGCCAUGACCCUCGUGGGACCAUGUUCCUAGAUCGUGUGGCCUCGUCGAUGGGUGUGUUGGGUGCAAAGGUUGUAUUUGACGAGACACAUCAAUCUGCAUGA